AUGACCGACAAGUGCCCCGUCGACCACCCCGCCACCUCCUCGAUCCCGCGCGGCGACGGCGAGCCAUGGGUGUACCCGUCCGAGUCGCAGUUCUUCGCCGCGAUGGCCCGCAAGCACCACAACCCGCAGGCGCCCGACAUGAAGGUCAUCGUGCCCAUCCACAACGCCGUCAACGAGCGCGCGUGGGGCCACGUCCUCGCCUGGGAGCGCGGCCGCGGCGGCGCGGCGUGCGGCGGUGUGCGGCUCGUCAGCUUCAAGGGCAGGCCGCGCGACCUGACCCCCAAGGCGCGGCUCUUGACCCUCGUGGGGUACGCGCCCCCGUUCGACAGGCACGACUGGGUCGUCGACCGCUGCGGCACCCGCAUCCGCUAUGUCAUCGACUUUUAUUCCGGGCGCAGUCCCGCCCCGGGCUCGGCCGCCCCGUCCUUCUUCCUCGACGUGCGCCCCGCCCUCGACAGCUGGGAGGGCAUCAAAAUGCGCGUGGGCUCGCUGAUGAGCUCCUUCACGUCCCCUGCGCCAGCUCCCCCGCAGCCUCCGCCUAAAAACCAGUCGUGA